AUGGCGGUUUAUAUCCUCAAGCUUCCUAUUUCAUAUAUAUAUCUCGGGCUGUGGCAUGGGGAAUGUCUUUUAAACGGGACUGACCUGCGUGAAGCCAUCUUCACGGCCCUGGGCCACACUAUACAAAGAACCAAACGGCGGGACAUUCUGCAGAGAGUUAUUGAUGUUACAGAGACCCAAGUGAAUCACGUCAAGGACCCGCGCUGCCCGUCUCUAAUGGUUGGGCUUUAUAUAUCUAUACUCUCGCUCAACACCAGGUACCAAUGUGAGCUCUUUGAUAGUGUUGAACUCCAGGCUUCUGGAAAAAUACCAGAGCUAGAUGGCUAUCUUGGUCACAUUCUAGAUGUCUGGAACUUGAAGACAACCCAAGGUUGA